UCUGAAACAUCAUUUCUCUUUCCCUCUUUUCCUCUAUCUUCCCCGAACCCUCCUUCUCUCUCUCACUGUGUUGCCUCUGCCAGGCCCGAACGGCCAUCGUCCCAUCGCCGAAGCCGUACACGCGCCAGCCCAAUCGAACCACCGGCCCUCGAAACGUCGACCCCCGCGAGAUCACCACCAUACGCGCUGCCCAGGGCUGUCAACCAACGGUCCGAAGCCGUCCGCCUCUUGCGUUUUCCGAGAGGAUCCUAUGCUAUUAGUCCGAUCAAUUUACGGCAAGGCUACGACGGUGACGGGGGAGAGGCGUGGGUCUGGGCUCGUGGUCUGGGUAAAGAGAGGCUUUGGAAGUGCUGAUUCGAUUUGCUGGUUUUGGACCUGAAGAGGAUGAGUGGGUUAAUGUAAAAAAGCACGUGAGGCAGCGCUCUCUCCCAUGUGAAUCCUCAGAGUGUGUUGCAAUCCUUCCUGGAGAUCUCAUACUCUGUUUUCAGGAAGGUAAGGAGCAGGCUCUUUAUUUUGAUGCUCAAAGACGAAGACAUGAUGUAAGGGGCUGUCGCUGUAGGUUUCUGGUGCGCUAUGAUCAUGAUCAGUCUGAGGUCUGAUAUUUGGCACCAAGGACUGAUUACUUUCUUUCAACGGCUGCAAAUGGGCCCUUCCUUUCACCAACUACACCAGCUGCACCGGUUCAAACGCCAUUAUCUACAUGGAUGUCUAUUCAAUCAAAUGUAAAUCAUCCAGGAGUUUCAGGAGGGGGUAUUGGCUUUGGUGCUCAAGGCAAACCAGGUUCUGCAAUGGCAAAAAGGAUCCUGGGGAUUCUGAAGGUGCAAUAAAAAUGAGGUUCCCUGGAGUUUCAGAACCGACUAUUUUCCCAGGAAAUAUUCCAGGUCAAAGUAACAACGAAGUGUUUAAUCCGACUGAUGACUUCCCCAAAACUGUUGCAAGAUUACUAGAUCAGGGAUCUGUUACCACCACCAUGGACUUUCAUCCCACUCAACACACACUACUUCUAGUUGGAAAUAUCGUGGGAAAUAUAAGCUUGUGGGAAGUUAGCUCAAGGGAAAAGUUUAUGUCACGAAGUAUUCAGGCUGGUAUGAUUAAGCGAGUUUUAUGGACCCUCGAUGGUAGUAUAUUUGGAGUUGUAUUUUCUAAAAACAUCAUGCAGCUGUAUCAUUAUCGUGGUAUAAAUGACAUUCGACAGCACUUGGAGAUUGAUGCCCAUGUUGGCAGUGUAAAUGAUCUUGCAUUCUGUAAACCAUCCAUGCAACUAUGUGCUAUAACCUGUGGUGAUGACAAGACCAUUAAGGUGUGAAUGUGGCUACUGGUGCAAAGUUGUAUACCUUUGAAGGCCAUGCUGCUCCUGUUCAUUCAGUGUGUCCUCAUAACAAGGGGAGUGUUCAUAUUGGCGAGGGGGAAAAGCUAGUGCGAGCCCUCUUUGGAGUUGCUAGUUGUCGUCAACCAGCUGUGAUUUUUGUUGAUGAAAUUGAUUCACUUCUCUCUCAGGAGCAACGAAUCGGCCCCAGGAACUUGAUGAAGUAGCACGGAGGCGACUUACGAAAAGGCUAUAUAUUCCUUUACCUUCUUAAGGACUCUUGUGGAAAGUGUUUGAGGCUUAGGAAUACAAGAACUGGGCAACCAUAACAGCAAGGAUUGUGGAUCAGUGCAGCAAUGGGGGCUUAGAUUUGGACUUUAACAUUAUAUUUAAGCCAUUAGACACCAAUGGAAUUGGAUAUCAACAGGGUUCUCUCCAAGUGGGCUACACAUUUGUCAAUUGUGGGGAUUAGUGAUGAUGAUCGAUUUAGCAGUACCAUUCUCGAAGAUAUAAAUCUCUUGGGAUGUAAUUAAUAACAAUAUAUACCAAAAACAUUAUGCUUAUAUAUAAAUAUAUAUAUAUAUAUAUAAAGCUGAUAUAUGACUUUGUUAAGCUUAAAGUCAAAAGACUUAAUAAAACUUUUGGGAAGUUUGUUCCAAAGGGUAUAUCCUCAGCACUUGUGAAAUGUUCUUCUUGAUAACAUAAUAAAAUUUGUACCAUGUUGUAUGCU